AUGAUCAGAAGAGCUGCCGCGCGUGCGGUCUUCCGAAGAGUUCCUCUACUUAGACCGCCAUUGGCCCUGGCCACUCUCGCGCGUUGUGUCUCAACAACACCCCGAAUGGCUCAGGUCCCUGCAAACCCAUUCUCCUCUGGCUCCCCUCCAGCCGAUGCCUUCCAACUACUGCCUGAGUCCGAAAAGGCUGGCGUUGCCGAAGACGAGCUAUACGAAGCACAGAUCAAAGAGGUCGAGGCAUGGUGGCAGUCGUCCAGAUACUACGGCAUCAAACGACCUUACAACGCCGCCGAUGUCGUGUCUAAACGCGGCUCGCAACAUUAUUCCUACCCCAGCUCCGUCAUGGCGCGAAAGCUUUUCAAUCUCGUCAAGGAAAGGGGGGCUGAAGGGAAGCCGAUUCACACAAUGGGCGCCAUCGACCCCGUUCAAAUGACGCAGCAGGCACCCCAUCAAGAGGUCCUCUACAUCUCGGGCUGGGCCUGCUCCUCCCUCCUUACCUCUACCAACGAAGUGUCCCCAGAUUUCGGCGAUUACCCUUACAACACUGUCCCGAACCAGGUCCAGCGUCUCGCGAAAGCCCAAUCGAUGCACGACCGGAAACAGUGGGACGCCCGCCGGAAGCUGACGCCCGAGGAGCGCGCAAAGACCCCAUACGUCGACUACCUGCGGCCCAUCAUCGCCGACGGUGACACGGGUCACGGCGGCCUGUCUGCCGUCCUCAAGCUUGCCAAGCUGUUUGCCGAGAACGGGGCUGCGGCGGUGCACUUUGAGGAUCAGCUUCACGGCGGGAAGAAGUGCGGGCACUUGGCGGGCAAGGUCCUGGUGCCCAUUGGGGAGCACAUCAACCGCCUGAACGCCGCCCGCUUCCAGUGGGACGUUAUGGGCUGCGAGAACCUCGUUAUUGCCCGCACCGACUCGGAGAGCGGAAAACUCAUUAGUAGCGCCAUUGACGUGCGCGACCACGAGUUCAUACUCGGCGUCACAGAUCCGAGCCUUGAACCCCUUGCUGAGACCAUCCAGGCCAUGGAGGCCAAGGGCGCCCCUGGUUCUGAGAUCGACGCCUUCGAGGCAAACUGGGUCAGGGUCACGAAAUUAGUCACCUUCGACGAGGCCGCCGUAGCACACAUGCACAAGGAGGGCGUGUCCCAGGAAAAUAUUGAUGCCUACCUCGAAGCCGUGCACUCGAACCGCGACAUCGGUAUCACCCAGCGUCGCAAGCUCGCGAACGAGCACACAUCGACCCCGGUCUACUUCUCGUGGGAUGUCCCCCGCACGCGCGAGGGUUUCUACCACUACCGCGCCGGCAUGGACGCCGCAACGAAGCGCGCCAUUGCUUUUGGGCCGUAUGCGGACCUCCUCUGGGUAGAGACGGGCGACCCCAACGUCGAGGUGGCGUCGAAGCUCGCCAGAGCUGUGCGUGAGGUAUAUCCAGGCAAGGGCUUGGUCUACAACCUCAGCCCUUCCUUCAACUGGAUGGCACACGGCUUCACAGACGAGACCCUCAAGAGCUUCAUAUGGGACAUUGCCAAAGAAGGCUUCGUGCUGCAGCUCAUCUCCCUGGCCGGUCUCCACUCGAACGCAACCAUCACGAACGAGCUCGCGAGGGAAUUCAAGAAGGACGGCAUGCUGGCAUACGUCAACAUUGUGCAGAGACGCGAGAAGGAGAGCGGCUGCGAUGUCUUGACGCACCAGAAAUGGAGCGGUGCAAGUUACAUUGACGGCAUCUUGGGAGCGAUCCAGAGCGGUAGCUCAAGCAGUAAGAGCAUGGGUGAGGGAAACACUGAGAGCCAAUUCCAUUGA